AUGAAACAGAUUGUUUAUUUUCAUAUCUAUCUAUCUAUCUAUCUAUCUAUCUAUAGCUGCGUAAAACAGUAUCUAUCUAUCUAUCUAUCUAUCUAUCUAUCUAUCUAUCUAUCUAUCUAUCUUCGUCUAAUCGUCCUUUUUGAUUUUGUUUUUCCUCUAAUAUUGCACACCUUUCUUUCUUUCUUCCUUUUUUUCUUACUUACUUUCUUUCUUUCUUUCAUUGAUUUUAUAAGCUGCAAGUUUCUUUUUAUCUUUCUCAUGAUUUUCACCCAUUCAACAAUUUCUUUCUCAUUAUUGCACCCUUUCUUUCUUUUUUCUUUCUUUCUUUCUUUCGUUUUUUUCCGUCUUCUUGGUUUCUUUGAUGUUUAUGAUCUGCAACAUUCUUUCUCAUUAUUUUCACCUUUUCUUUUUCCUUCUUUCUUUCUUUCUUUCUUUCUUUCUUUCUUUCUUUCUUUCUUAUUUUUUAUUGCGUCUCCUUUCACUUUCUUUCAUUCUUUCUUUCUUUCAUUCGUUCUUUCUUUCUUAUUUUUUUUUAUUGCGUCUCUUUUCACUUUAUUUCUAUUCUUUCUUUCUUUCUUUCUUUCUUUCUUUAUUACUUUCUUUCUUUCUUUUCCUCAAUAUUUCAUUAUCUGUUUAUUUUUCCUGCAACCUGCAGCCAUUUCUGAUAAAUCAUCAAUUCGUUCGGCAGAAAAUUUCAUGUCAAGAGUGUCAUUUACCUUCAUUUUUUUUAAAUUCUUUUCUUUUUUCCUUACUUUCUUCUUUUCUGAAUAUAUUCUUUCUUUUUUAACUUCUUUUUCUCAUUCAUUUAUUUUUCUUGGUUUUCUUUCCCCUUGUUUCUCCCCAUUUUUAAAAAUUUUCUUCUUCAUCUUCUUUUUUUAUAUAUUCCAUCUCAUUCCCCUUCUUUUUCUUCCUUCUUUUUUUCUUUUUCUUUAUUCCUUCAAUUGCUUCUUUUCGAUUCCUUUUAUCUUUUGUUAA